GCAAUUAAAAAAGAAGAAUUACCCUACUUGUUAAAUUCUUUUUUUAAAAUACAGUUUUAAUCUAUUUCUAAUGUUGAAAAGACCUAAAUAAUGAAUGUUUUUAGUUGUUCUGAGUGUCGAAAAGAAUAUACACUUUUAAUCAAUUUAAGAAGACAUGCAAAAACAUCCCAUCCAGAUAAAGUCGAUACAAUAGCCCCUCACAAAACUUACAAGUAUGAAUGUGAACCGUGCAAGAAAAGGUUUAACCAUUUAAGGGAUUUUAAGUGCCACAAAAACAAACAUCAACUUUCGUCUCAAUUGAAAACUGUAUCAAAACAUAACUGUUCCCUAUGUAAUUUUAAAGGAUCUAAAGUCAAUUUAAUAAAUCAUUUCGAAUCUAUUCACAAUAUAAUAAUCAAGACAAAUACUUUUGAAUUUAAUUCAUUUGAAAAUUUUAUUGUGUGGAAGAGUGAAGUAGAGAAAAAUACAAAAUCACAGUUUGUGAAAGAGAGAGGUACAGUUUCUUUUAAAAAUAAAACUAUUAUUAAAUACAAUUGCCAUCGCUCUGGUUAUUAUGUUGCAAAGGGAAAAGGAUUACGCCGUUUAAAAAGAAAGGGUUCAAAUAAGAUAAAUGGAUUUUGUCCAGCUUCCAUGGUAGUGCACAUGGUUGAAAAUGGAAAAUGCAAAGUAUCUUUUAUUGAUCAACAUGUUGGUCACGAAAAUGAGGAGAUUGGUUAUUGGGCUCCAACAUAUAAAAAGCGAAAAACUAAAAAUGAAACAAAAAAAUCCAUUCAUAAAAUAAGAUACGAUUCAGAUUUUAUCAAAGAAAAAGCUUACGAACCCCCAGUUGAUAAUGUUUUAGAAUACAGUUUGGCGGUAGCAAAGGGAAAAGAAUUUAUAAUUUCGCAUAUAAUUCCCCAUCUGUAUAAAGUAGCUGAAGGCAUUAUUUGUAUCGAACAAGCAGAUGAAUUUAAAAAACUUUGUGCUCCAAUAGCAUCGACGUUAGCUGAAAUUGGAAAUAGAUAUACGGAAAUUAAGAAACAUGGACAUUAUUCUUGACUGGAAAUUAUUAAAUUAGAUUGUUGUUAUUAGAAAUAGAACCCCUACAUAUCAAAAGAUUUUCAACUUCGCCUCUGUUUUUGUUAAUCAUAAUUAUUUAUAAAUAACUCUUUUUUAAGUACAAAAAAUAAUAUGUAUUUCUGAAUAAUAAUAAAAUAAAUUAAAAUGAA